AUGUCAGCAUCAGUUAUCCCCGCCGGCGCAGGCGACAACAGCUCCACGGAGCUUAAGGAACAUACAACCAUUGUCGUCUUGGGCGCUUCUGGUGAUCUUGCAAAGAAGAAGACUUUCCCCGCUCUCUUCGGACUGCACCGAAAUAACUAUCUUCCAAAAGAUUGCAAAAUCGUUGGCUAUGCCCGAACGAAGAUGGACCAUGAGGAGUUCAUCAAGCGAGUCAAGUCUAAUAUCAAGACUCCUACUAAGCCGAUCGAGGAGCAGCUUGUUACAUUUGUGGAGAAGUGUAUCUAUGUGUCUGGCCAGUAUGAUCAGGACGAAUCUUUCCAGAACCUCGAGAGUACGCUUCAAAAGAUUGAAGCUGGUCGACCGAACAACCAUCGUAUCUUCUACAUGGCCUUGCCUCCCAGCGUUUUUAUCAGCGUCUCUCAACACUUGAAGAAGAACAAUUACCCAAAGAACGGAAUUGUCAGAUUAAUUGUCGAGAAACCAUUUGGUAAGGACCUGGACAGCUCCCGCAAGCUACAAAAGGCCCUCGAACCCGACUGGACCGAAGAGGAAAUUUACCGCAUUGACCAUUAUCUCGGAAAGGAGAUGGUCAAGAACCUGUUGAUUCUCAGGUUUGGUAAUGAAUUCUUCGGAGCAACUUGGAAUAGACAUCACAUUAGCAAUGUGCAGAUCACAUUCAAGGAGCCGUUCGGUACCGAGGGCCGUGGAGGUUACUUUGAUGAAUUCGGUAUCAUCCGUGAUGUCAUGCAGAACCAUUUGAUCCAGCUAUUGACCAUUAUCGCUAUGGAACGUCCACUCUCAUUCUCUUCUGAGGACAUUCGAGACGAAAAGGUCCGUGUUCUUAGAGCCAUGCCACAGAUCGCCACCGAGAACGUCAUUAUUGGUCAAUAUGGCAAGUCUGAGGAUGGGUCUAAGCCUGCUUAUUUGGACGACGAUACCGUUCCUAAGGGGAGCAGGUGCCCAACUUUCUGCGCUGUCGCUAUGUUUAUCAAGAACGAGCGAUGGGAUGGAGUUCCAUUCAUCUUGAAGGCCGGAAAGGCCCUCAACGAGCAGAAGGCUGAAAUUCGCAUCCAAUUCAAGGAUGUCACCAGCGGUAUCUUUAAGGACAUUCCCCGAAACGAGCUUGUUAUCCGAGUCCAGCCAGAUGAGGCCGUCUAUAUCAAGAUGAACUCGAAACUUCCAGGCUUAAGCACUCAGACAGUUCUAACGGACUUGGAUCUCACCUACAAGCGCCGCUUCAGCGAUUUGAAGAUCCCAGAGGCUUACGAGUCUCUCAUCCUUGAUGCCAUCAAGGGUGACCACUCUAACUUUGUUCGUGACGACGAGCUUGACGCCAGCUGGAGAAUAUUCUCACCUCUCCUGCACUACUUGGAUGAGAAUCCUGAGGUUGUUCCCAUGUCGUACCCAUACGGCUCCCGUGGACCACCAGUCUUGGAUGACUUCACUUCAUCCUAUGGCUAUAAGUUCAACGACCAAGUUGGGUACCAAUGGCCAGUUCAAAGCACUGAGCUCCCGCACAAGCUCUAG